CGCUAUUGUAAUUUUUUGAAUAUGCUCGUCGAUUUUUUGAUUAUGCUCGUCGAGACCACGAGAGAAAACUUUUUUGAACUUCUGUCCUAUUCGUAGUUGAUCUAUAAUUUACUGUGAAGAUCUUUCCAAGGAACUACUUUUCUCACUGAGAGAACCUCCAACAUAUUAGACCAAGAACAUCAAGAUGUCGAGCAAGCAGGCAAAACGGCUGUUAGAGCUCCAGAAGGAGAAGGAGCUGGAGAAGCAGAAGGAAGAAGCCAAGAAGAAAGAGGCAGCUGAUGCUAAGCGCAACGAAGGCGAUGAAGACGAUGAUGAUGAGUCCGAAGAUGAGGCCCCCGUAGCAGCUGCUACGCAACGCAAGAACGUUUUUGCCGCAAUGAUGUCUUCGUCUGAAGACGAUGAGAGCGAUGAAGACGAAGACGAUGGUGAAGAUUCUUCAGAGAGCGUAGAUAAGAAUGAAGGUGGAAGAAGUGUUGGGGAUGAUGACGAAAAAAGUGAAACAGAAGAACAAGUGGUAAGAAAUCGUGGCAAGAAUCGCAAGGCUGUUCCUCCAAGUACAACGACCUCUAGCAAGAAUAACAAGAACAAGGACCAAAAGCAUGAUCCGCAUCAUUUUUCACCACGUGACCGUCAACAGAACCAGAAGGCGGGUGUCGUCGGAGUAUCACCUGAAGAGAAUAGUGAAGAUGAGGAAUGUGAGGAGGACUUUGAGGCUGCCCUGGGCGAGCACGAAGCAGAAGUAAAGAAACAAGAAGCUGAAAAUCCUGACGAGGUGGCGGGGAAAAGUGGAGGUAAGAAGAUUCUGUUAAAAUGUUGUUUUUAUUCUUCUUGUUUGUUGUGAAGGAUCCAUAACCUAACCUAACCUGUUGUUCUUUUAGUCCCUGUAAUAUGGAAGUAGGACAACCGGUCAGUUUUCACCUCGACAAUAUUAGGCUUAUCCCAUGCAACAAGAUGGAAGUAAGAGUAACGCUAGCAACUAAGAAUAUCAAUUUGGAUCGGAACUUAGGUAGUGCAGGUGGUCUUACUGAAGCUCGAAAUAUAUCCAGAGAGCAUGUAGGUGUGCUGAUGGAUACCUUGGGGGCCGCAUGACGAGACUAGUUCCGAGUUUUUUAGGUCUUGCUCGGUCACAAAACAUUUCGUGUCAACUUGGUAGUAGGGAUGGUAAUGGUUGAAGGACAAGGAACUGAUUUACAGUGUAAUGAUGGCGAUCUGACGAUAGGCUCUUGUUAUUUCUCGCAAUGACAGGGCGCAUUUGAAGUAGAUCUAACCUGUUUUUAAAUCACAGUGGGUUUAUAGAAGGUCCAUCAAUAGUGUUAGAUUAUUACCUCGUACGUUGGUGCAGUCGCUGUGAAGCAUAGUCCACAUGUACUGCCAUCGGAGCCUUGUGGCAUCUACCUAUCUAUCAAUAUGGAUCUUUCGAAGCUCGGCUGUGGUUGUUGUCCGCAGCCGAGUCAAAGUCGAUCCCAAAUCAAGAUGUGCUGUUGGGUGGCUCGUUUUCGUUCCUGUCGAAAGCUUGUCAAUUUAAAUAGCCUACAAUGAAUUUGAAAAACAAAAAGUCGACCUGACUCAUGUUACCCAUCAUCCUCGGAGUCGAGCUGAUGCGGGCGGAGCUCGACGUGCAGGAUCCUUAACCUAGCCUAACCUCGCUUUCCACCUUGUAUAAUCAGUUGAAAUCUCUAGACAGCCAUGGCUUCAUGCAGGGACGACGAUCAGACUCACCUUUAUCUUCCUAAAAACAUCAUCUUCCUCUUCAGCAGAGAUAGUCGAGCUUUAUCUUCCUAAAAACAUCAGCCUCCUCUUCAGCAGAGAUAGUCGAGCUUUGUUGUCUUGACCGGAUCCUUGCUGUGACGAAGCAGAAUUUCUCCAUGGAAGCGGAGCAGAAGCGGAUCUUUGGCGGGACUCUGACAGGAGACGACAGGAAAAAGAAACUGCCCAAGGGAAUAAGUCAAAUGCCUCCGCAUUUGAAGAAGCUGUGGCUCAGCAACGUGACGAUCAACGAAGUAGGACCUACCAAGCCCGAUCCGACCACUACUGGGACGUCGGUUUUUACGGAAACGGCGAAGGUAGUUACUUGUUUUGAAGAUAGAUUUUGUGGACGAGGAUCAAGGUAAGAAGUACUUGUUUUGAAGAUUUUGUGUACUAGCACUAGGGUCUUUCUUCACAUUAUGUUAAUGCUCACAAUGUCUGGAUGUUCACAAUGUCUGGAUGUUCACAAUGUCUGGAUUAUGUUAAUGUUCACAGUUGUAACAGACGCAGUGCGUGGUUUACGCAGACCACGCACUGCGUCUGUUACAACUGUUCGUUGUACUACAACAUCUUGUGUUGGCUUCAUUCUUUAUUCCAUACCACAACCCGAAUACAAAAUCAAAAACCGCAAACACGGGACGAGCACGUCUAUUCGUGUCUACUCUAUCAAACACUUCACACUACACAGGACGUCUUCUCCGUUUCUCCUUUCCCUGAGUACAGUAGGAGAGCAGAAGCGAUGUUCGACGAGUAUCUAGAGAUUCGAUCCAUCCAAGACCUGAACGCACUGCAAGAAUUUUGUCGGAGAAGUGGUGGCCUUUUUGUGGAUGCAACGUUGGAUUUAGUGGACGUUUUGAGAGGGCGCGGAGACCACGAAGCAGCCUUGCAAUUGUUGAAGCAAGCUUUGUUUGUCUUCGAAGUGAAUCUGCCAAGUACGUUCAGACCUUGGGGGACGGCGAGUGCAGUAGCGUCAACAACAGCCUCUGGACUUGGAGGUGCAAGUACUACAACAGGUGGUUCUUCUGCAGCUCAACAUGCUGUGACUUCUGCCUCAUCAACUGGUGGCACCGCAUCCGCUUCCUCGCGACCAGGCGUCGGCUCCACCACCACAGUUUUCCAACAGUUUGGUAGGUCACAAACCCUAACCGAAAGUAGUCUGCGCUAUUUUGGACGUGCGCUCUUUCUGUACAUGAACAUGCUGGCAGGUCGUGGGUUAUUCACCACUGCAAGUGAGGUCGCCAAACUCCUCUGGCGUCUGUCGUGGUAUGGUGGAGUCGGUAGUGAACAGUUUGCCCCGAAGAGGGAGAAAGACGGUAGCGGGACAAAGCCUGUAGCGGUACUAGGACUGGGAGGUGGUCGUGCACACGCGAUGAACAAGGAUUCCCAUGAUCAAAUAAAGAGUCCUGCGACAUUCAAAGGCUUGGACCCAGUCCAUAUGAUGCCACACUACUUGUACUUCGCUGUCCGAGCUAGGAAAUUCGAUGCAAUCGAAGCACUGUGUGGCCACGAAAAUGACAGUAGAAGGAGAAGAGGACAUCAGAGCGAGGAGGAUGAUCUUGACGAAGAUACUACUUCUUCCCAACUAUGCCUAAAAAAGGAACCAGCGCUUAGAUACUUCUGCGAUCGAAAACAGUUCGGAGCAAAAAGUAAGUUCGAUUGGGGCGAUGGUCAAGAUGAGGAACAAGAAUCUUCUGGAGACACAAGUACUAGUAGUCCCAAAGUAGUUGUAGGAGAAGCUGGACCAGAAGACUCAGCUAUUGGUUCUUCAUCAUCAGCUAUCGGUUCUUCAUCAUCAGCUAUUGGUUCUUCAUCAUCUAUUGGCUCUUCAUCAUCAGAGUCACCGCCGACGAAGACCACCAGCAACUCAUUACCUAUUAAAGUAGAAGGAGUAGAAGCAAAUACGAAGGUGGAGAUAGAGCUGUCAAAUGCAAAGGAGGUCGCAACAGAGCAGUCAACAAAGACCGCAGUAGAACGUGCUGGAUCAUCCCAACACGCCCGGUUCGACUGUCCCCACCCUACGAAUUUAUUUGCUCCUAUGUGCCUCACACGAUCUCUCGCAGCUUAUCUUCGUGCUGGCGAGCAGACUGGACUGCUGAAAGCGAUUCAUAGUGAACCGAUAUCCGUCAGCGACAUCCUGAACUGGAAGAGGACAGCCAGGGAUGACUUACUAGUUAGUACUUCUACUGCGUCAAGUUCCUCGUCAAGUAGUGGCAGUGGCAACAGUACAGGUGGUAGCUCUGGUUCUGCUGGAGUUGUACAACCUCCAGCCACGACUACAUCAAGUACUACUUCUAUAGGAACCAGCACAGCAACCACACUGUUGAUGUGCAAAGCCUUUUUCCUGUUCCCAGGUGUUUUUAGAAGAAUGCUAGAGAUCGGAGAGGUUAAUCUGGACUCAGUGCCCAAGUAUCCUACACAUCUCUUCGAUAGUUCAUCUGGUUUAUCCGGUACAGCAAGCGUGCCUCCCGUGAACCGACGGCGGACGUGGACCACACUUUUUGCGAUUCUCUACGACUGGUGCGCAUGGGACGAACUGACGCCACUGGAAGCUGCCACAGCGGAACGAUUCGCCAAUUUGUUCUGCUCUGAGAGGCUUCUAGCUUUCCAACACGCGACGUUGGAGAGGCUGGUGAGGCAGUUCGAAAGCAGCCCGUUAUUUAAAAAAGAAUGGUCCGAAGCGCGAACCGAGUUCGUAAACUAUACUUCUGCGUCGAGUUCGAGUGAGUCAUUACAUGCCAGUUACGCGAAUAUGACAGCUGCAGAAUGCAAAGACGACGCUGCCCAUGCGAUUUUGCCGGAAGCGCUGAGGAGCCCACAGUUACGGCACAGGGCUAGUCAUUUCCAUUUCCACAGAUCAUCUUCUCUAUUUUCUUUCUAGUAAGUGAAUUUGAUGAGAAGACGAGCUUAGCAGGGUUAGGACUACUGAGUCACUGUGAGCGCUAACACGUGGUAAUCGCGGAGGGUUUGCUGCCCUAUUGCGGCAAAGAGCCGGCGGAGCGGAGCUGCCUGGAGGUAUUCUAGAUAUGCUAAGAUUAAUUCUUAUGGCCACAACUCCUGACGAUCAUGAAGAUGAUAUCACAAUUGAAAAUACUUACUGCAAUUUUAACUACUCGAAAACUGAAAAUAACCGAGUUACUGACUGAAGUAAGGGAGGUAGCUCCACAUCAAGGCUACUCUUCCUUCUCGUCAGUAUCCCGGUUAUUCUGCUUGUUUCAAGAGAGAAUCCGAGAAGAUUUGAACAGAUGAAGAUGAGCUUUUUAGGCUUACCAAGAUGAAUUUGAAUCAACCAUGCGUUGACGUAUCGAUUUACCCCCUUGAACUUGAUGUCUGCGGAUACUUACAGUACCCUCUUGUUGAUGUUGGAAGGAUACUCAAACACUGACCAUAAUUUGUAAGUUUCUAAUAGAGAAAUAGAAGAAGAACAAGAAGAACAGCAAGGAAAUGCAUACAUGAUUGGAGAAAGGCGGGAGAGAUGGGAAAAUGCCUUCGAGGCGGCAUUGAUGCAAGAUGGUCAGGACAUGCGCGAUCCGGGGAACAGAAUUAGAUUCUUGGAAACCGUGAUGCGCGAAUACAGCAAUGAAGGUCAUGCUCCUGGAGGUGGGGAAGAAGGAAACGAAACAGGUCAUCAAGGAGGAAAUGAAGGUCAAGGAGAAGGACGAGGACCAGGUGGAGCUGUUCAAGGACCUCCAGAAGGAGAAGGAGGCCCUCCAGAAGAAACAGCGAAUCAUGCCACAGAACAUUUAAGGCAAUGAGACGAAUAUUUAAAGCUUCUACUGAUUUUUAUCCACGCGAAUGCUACAACCACAACAUCCGUAAAUUUGAUACAAAAACUUUUACUAAUUUGGAAUCAAUGAAUCAGUUUCAGUUGUAAACUGUUAUAAGAUUCCUCUAAUUCUAAUUAUUCGUCCCCAAAUAUCCGACGAAGUGAUGGAAUUACUCGAUGAUCUACGUUUAAACGGCCUGUUGAAUGGCGUAGACGUAGAAGACCUCGACGCUGUAGGAGCAGAAGAGGUGAUCCAGAACGCCUACAGAAAUUGUACACCGGAACAGUUGUUAUGAAGGUGGAACAGCUGUUUGUGUUUUUUUCAAUAAGUGACAUAAAAAGAUGAAAUGUUGAAAGUUCUUUGCUGAGCUUUGAAAAAUCAUGUUAAAAAUCGUAUUAUUUCAACGGACCACCUUUUCAAUCCAAGUCGCCGCUCGAUGAUGGUCCGGAUCUGGAUUGGUUGUGUAGAAGUCCUCCAGUGAUAUUACCCCAUCUUGACUUUGUGAAGAGACUACUCCUUUCUUACAACUCCUGCUUCUAAUUUUAGCGAUGCUAGAAGCUACAGGUCAUGAUCCUCAUACUUUUGGAGGAGGGAUGCUUGCUGCCCACGACCCUGAAGGUGAAGAGUACAGAUCAGGGUCAGGGACCUUCUAAAUGUUGACAUGUGCUUGGUCGUGAACCUAGAAGAACAUGCUUGGUGACCCUAGAACCCUUGGUGAAGAACCCUUGGUUAGAACCUCCUUGGUGAACCUGGAUCCUUCUUGGUGAGCCUAGAACCCUUGGCGACCUAAAAAACAACCCAACCGAAGCUCUCCUUCACAAUCACACUUAACGCCUUUCUUCACAACGUCGGUUGUGGAAAAGAACGUUGUUCUUCUACAUCUUCUUGUUAGAGAAGCUGCGGAGCAGGAGAGAUUGUUCUUCUACAUCUACUCCAUAAACAACUACGAGGGGCCUACUAGUAAAGAAGUAUCACGACCACCUUCAUCUGCUCUUAGUCUACAUCAAGGAGAGUGGGUGAGAAAGCGGCUGCGGAGGCCAGAGUAGGUGAGAAGGCGGCCCGUCAGCUACUAGUUGUAGUACCAACAUACUGGAAGUACAGGGAGUAGAGUAGCUUGCAUGCUGCAGUAGUAAAAGAACAAGAACAAGAAGAAGUCGUAGAGGAACAAGCCUCGAGCGGCCGCUUUCUCACCUGCUCCGGUGGAGCAGGGUACUCGUCUAGGCCUAUCAGUCAUAGUACAACAUUUACUUACUUCAAGUUCCCACUUAUAACUCCUCAUCAUCUUCACAAGUUCCCACUUAAUUCCUCAUCUUCACAAGUUCUCACUUAUCACCUCUACUUCUAGAUAAUCCGAUCAUUUGUCUCUUCCUGUGAACAGUAUACUAGUAUAUCAAAUCCGGCAGUUUUUCUGUCAUAAAAAAUACCUCCAGGUCGUGGUUCAAUUAAUUUCGAUGUAAGUAAUGUCAUUCUCAAAUCCGAUUUCUCACUUCUCACCAGGCUCAAUUUCGGUGUACUCGAAUCCGGUUUUUGUUUUUUUCCAGUCCUUUUUGCCGUGGGCCACCGUUGACUACACUGGAGGAGCUCCCGCAGUGACCGUGCAAAGCGUUAGUUUGUUAAGGAUUAAUAGAGUAGUCUCUCUCUCAAGCCAUUUUGUUAAGGAGUGGAUUCAUAAGAGUAGAUUAACAGCUGCUAAUGUGGGGUAGUAGAGUUGUCUCUCUCAAACCAUACACACACUUUCUAGUUUCUACCAGAGUAGACAUGAUAGAUCGUACUUGUCAAGGCUAAAGAUAGGUUAUCGUUCCACUACUGCAUCAGUUGAUGUAGUUAUUUUCCUCAAUGUACUUCUUCGUAUCUCCGCUUUUUUAGUGACUAGCUAUAUAUUAGGGGCAAAAUAGAUUUCAUCCGACUACGUACUAGUGCUUGUUCAUGAUCUUCACAGCACAACUAGUUCUAAUUUGAAGGUAGUGAGUAAACUCCUUCUUCUAAUUCCUGGGUUGCGCAGAUUUUGGCGACAUUUGAUGAGAUGGGCGAAUAUGAUUUGGAAUGCGAGGAACAGCGAUGAUGCUAGAGACCAAUUGGGUGCUGGAAAUGGACGACCUCGUCAAGAGUAGUUCUGGCAAAAGAUGAUUGAGGAAAUCCUUGGAUGUAUUCUAUAGCUGUUGGAGAUGAAGGCUCUCUACUCUAUCUCGAAUCACAAGUACAAGGACACCUAUUUGCUCGAGAAUACAGGAACAUCACCAAAAAAUGCAAAGUGUCCCCUCCCCAAUGGCACGAAGACGGUGAAGAUUUUCUCCAGUACUACGUGUAACAUGAGAAGUUUCUGCAGAUAGGCACA